UGCAGUGUCCGAGGUGCGCCAGCCUCUGGACUGUCCACCCCCCCGACCACCCCGACGCAGGCCCCCAGCCAGCCUGCAUUCCCCCAGGAGGCCCCGCGGGGCGGCCCCAGCCCGGAACGGCCGGGGGAACGCUCGCGCCCGCGCUCGGUCUCCACGCCGCUGGACGCGGGGCCGCGCCUCGGCCUUCCCGCCGCCAAACCCCCGAAAGCUUCUUCCAGCCCCGUGCCGGCGUUCUCUACCUCACAACAAGUGUCCGGCUUAUUCGAAGGCAUGCUGGAGAAACUUGAACUCGACGACGACGCCGCUGAGCCCGAGAGCGAUAUUUACAUGCGCUUUAUGAAAUCACACAAGUGCUACGACAUUGUGCCAACCAGCUCCAAGCUGGUUGUGUUCGACACAGCUCUACAAGUGAAGAAAGCCUUCUUUGCCUUGGUCGCCAAUGGCGUGCGAGCGGCUCCGCUGUGGGACACCGAAAAACAAAGCUUUAUAGGCAUGCUGACAAUCACAGACUUCAUCAUCAUACUCCACAGAUACUACAAGUCGCCAAUGGUCCAAAUAUACGAGUUGGAAGAACACAAGCUUGAGACGUGGAGAGAGGUUUACCUUCAAGCAACGUUCAAACCCCUUGUCAACAUAUCGCCCGACGCCAGCCUUUUCGACGCCGUGUACACGCUCAUCAAAAACAAAAUUCACCGCCUGCCUGUCAUCGACCCCGUCACCGGGAACGCACUUUAUAUUCUCACGCACAAGAGGAUCCUCAAGUUCCUCCAGCUCUUUAUGUGCGAGAUGCCGAAGCCAGCUUUCAUGAAGCAGACCCUGGGGGAGUUGGGCAUCGGCACGUACCAGGAAAUUGCCUUCAUCCACCCCGACACGCCCAUCAUCCGAGCCCUCAACAUCUUCGUGGAGAGGAGAGUGUCCGCGUUGCCCGUGGUCGACGAGUCAGGCAAGGUUGUGGACAUCUACUCCAAGUUUGACGUCAUCAACCUGGCAGCCGAGAAGACUUACAACAACCUGGACAUCACGGUGACCCAGGCCCUCAAGCAUCGCUCUCAAUACUUCGAAGGAGUCAUGAAGUGCCAUAAGAUGGAAACAAUGGAGACCAUUGUGGACAGAAUUGUGAAAGCAGAAGUGCAUCGGUUGGUGGUGGUGGACGAGCGUUCCAGCAUCGAGGGCAUCGUCUCCCUGUCGGACAUCCUCCAGGCCCUGGUGCUCAGCCCGGCAGACGGCUGCAAGGAGGAGAACCUGCCCGAGUGAGAGGAGGCGUCAGCUGAAGAGGAGACGUGGUGAGAGCUCAAAAACAACAACAACAACCACCACCACCAAAACAUUCAAAAGCAAAAGCGAGCUGAUGCUACGUUAGAAACCAAAGAGGACUGCGCUUGUUGAAUGUGCCGUAUGUGUUGAUAAUUUGCCAUCGGAGCAGUACGUGUACGUACAAUACGCUGUGUACAUAGCAAUGUAUGAAUAUGAAAUACUAUACAAACACACUCUUCUGGUCGCCUUGCCGGCGAAAGGCGGACCAGAGCAGACGGGCUUGGAAAUUCUCGAGUGCUUUGAGUUGCCAGAAUUUUGUCACGCCGAAGGGUUUUUUUUUUUUUUUUUUUUUUAAAAAGUCCAACUUUAGAGAAAUAUUAUUUUGCGGUUCAUUUUUGCGUCGGCGAUGUUUCAAAACGUAAUGUUAAUGUUUAUAACAUGAGUGUAGCCAGCGUUCAUUUUGGCUAAUAAGCGUCAUUUCCAUCUUCAAAUGUUUUUUUUUUUUUCCAGUUUUUGGAUAAAAAUAAGAAAGUAACACAAAUUGAAAAUACCGUAUUUCUUGCAAGCAGGUGCUCAGGUGCAGAUCACAGCAGAAAUGUAUUAGUCGGGAGUUUUGUCAUUUUGAAAUAUUACCGCUACUGUAUACGCACAGCAUUGCGGAGCGACGGCGGUCCUGCUAAUCGUUUUUCAAGAGAACCCAAAAUCGGCUUUAAAUGGACCCCCGGUUCACUCAAUGAAUCUGACGCUGUUGGUUUGCGUUGGUCGGCCAAAUAAAGGGCUACGCAGUUCUGUGUCGUUCUAAAAUCUGUGCAGCGACAAUAAAGAUUUAGGAGGUUGCUCGAGUGAUUACCGGUUUUGUUCCCGGUGGGGGGGCGAUAAAGGGAGUCGACAGUUUGGGUUUCUUGCAAGGCGACGAGACGCACUGGGACACGCAGACGGGCGAUAUUUGCGGAAAUACGGGUCAUGCGUUUCAUGAUGUCUGAAGUGCGCGUUUUUUUUUUUUUUUCUUCCAAGGAAGAUGACGUUAAUAAAAGAAACAUGACUGCG